GGGGGAACUAUCUUGACGGUCAGUUUCUGGGUUUUCUCUGCUGUCUGCCAGUUACUGUACUGAACUGGAGAUGCCAAGAUGGCUGCAAGCAAUUAUUUCGGCUUCACACAUGGUGCCGGUCCGCAAUACAGUACCCAGCCUCCCCCGGCGUACUCCCACCCCUCUACAGCCACUUACAGCGUGCAGCAGGCUCCAGCUGUGGCUCAUGCAGUGACUGCGUCCUACUCUCCAGCUCCAGUGCAGGCGGCCCGGCCUGUGGUCACUGCCCCGUACCCCACCUAUCAGAGCCACCAGGCUCCCCCUGACUACGCCUACCGGCAGCCAGACCCCCCGGCACCCCCGCAGCCCACCACCACCCCGCAGGCGUACCAGGUAUACUCGGACACGUCGUCACUUCAAUAUGCUGCUUUCCCAUUGGAUGAAAUGCUCUCUUGUAAACACCAGCAGGACAACUACAGCUAUGGGCGUCCUGCCGCUGUGACUACCUACGACAAUAAGCAGUACUACCAGACGAGUAUACCUUCGGCUCAGAGGACACACGCAGAUAAUUACUACCAGACUGUGGGAGUAAAGAGCGCUUACAGUCCAGCCCCCUCCACCGUGUACAGCCAGCCUCCCCCCCCCCAGAGGCAGGUGACGGCCCUGAAGCCUCUGGCCCCGUCUGUGUCCACCAGCUACAACAUCUACCCGGUGUCCACCAGCGUCCAGCAGCCGCCCACACCCAUUUCAUCCUACACCCUCGGCUCCUCCUUCGCCUCCACUGUUUCGGCCACCACCUACUCAGGCAUUAGCUACUCCAGUUAUGACUCAACUGGCUACACCUCCACACCCACCCCCUCCUAUUACCAGCCGGCCCAGCAGACUCUCACCCAGCCGCAGCUUCCACCUCAGCAGCAGCAGCAGCCGCAGCCCGCCAUCCAGCCGCCACCUAAACAGCUGACGAGCUCUUCCUGGAGCAACUCGGGCAGCAACAUGGUGACCGCUCCGACUGUAAACGCCUACAAAAAGCCCACGUUUCACCAGAGCAAGCUGCAGAAGCCCAAAGGGCCUCCCAAGCAGCCCCAGCUCCAUUACUGUGACAUUUGCAAGAUCAGCUGUGCAGGCCCGCAGACGUACCGGGAGCACCUCGAGGGCCAGAAGCAUAAGAAAAAGGAAGCGGCACUUAAAUCUGGGGGGCAGACGGGGGCCAGCAACGGGCCCAGAGGGGUCCAGACUCAGCUACGCUGUGAGCUAUGUGACGUCUCCUGCACCGGAGUGGACGCAUACGCCGCCCAUAUCCGCGGGGCCAAACACCAGAAGGUGGUGAAACUUCACACCAAGCUGGGCAAACCUAUACCUUCCACGGAGCCGGUGUUGGUGAAUUCGGCUCCAGUUAUCACAACCUCGACAGCUGGGAAGCCUCCAGUCUCCACAACCACUGCUGCCUCCUUCUCAACCACUUCAACUCCCGCUGCGACCCCCAAACACGUGGCUGUAAACGCCCCGGCCAAAACAACAGCACCAGUCAAGAAACCAGCUCCAUCCAAAAUAACUGUCAUUUCUAACAAGCCUGUCAGCGCUCCAGCAGCUGCGGUGGUGGCGGCGGCUGCGAAGGUGGAGGAGCCCGUGCACCAGUCCGCUCAGAGGAUGGAGUCUCAGAGUGACGAUGAGGACUGUGACAGAGCUGGAGGUCAGGGAGACAUCCAGCCCGUGGGACACGACUACGUAGAGGAGGUCAGAAACGAUGACGGCAAAGUGAUUCGAUUCCACUGUAAACUGUGCGAGUGCAGCUUCAACGACCCCAACGCUAAAGACAUGCACCUGAAAGGACGAAGGCACAGACUCCAGUACAAGAAGAAAGUGAACCCAGAGCUUCCUGUGGAGAUCAAGCCCAGUAACCGCGCCAGGAAGCUGCAGGAGAGCAAGCUGAAGAAGCAGAAGCAGAAGGCGGUGCUGAAGAGGCAGAGAGACGACGAGCAGCGCUGGCACAUGGAGAUGAGGUCAGACUCGUGGCCAAAGCGAUAUGAGGAGGACAUGUACUGGAGGAGGAUGGAGGAUGAGCAGAUGUACUGGGGCGAUCAGAGGCGCAGGAUGGUUCCGCCGCCGCUGAUGAGCCGCCCUGGUAUGCCAGUACCCCCUCUGCUGACGUGUGUGCGUCGGCCAGACUCUCCCGAUGACCGGCACAUCAUGGCUAAACACUCGACCAUUUACCCGGUGGAGGAGGAGCUGCAGGCCGUUCAGAGGAUCGUCUCCCACUCGGAGAGAGCGCUGAAGCUGGUGUCAGACUCUCUGCUGGAGAAGGAGGCACCAGCUGUUGAUACCGCUGCUGCUGCUGCUGAAGGAGGAGAUGAAAAAGGUCCUGAGAACGCAGCGCGGCUGCUGAAAGGUGUGAUGAGGGUGGGCAUCCUGGCCAAGGGCCUGCUGCUCCGUGGAGACAGAAAUGUUGAGCUCAUCCUGCUGACUGCUAAGAAACCCACCAUCACUCUACUGAAGAACAUCGCCCAACAUCUACCCAAAGAACUGGAGACAUUUUCUGAAGAUCAGUAUGAGGUGCAGGCUCACCCCGAGGAGGCGAACAUCGUGAUAUUGUCAAGCAAGGAGCCCAAAAUGCAGGUGACCAUUUCUCUCACCUCGCCGCUGAUGAGGGAGGACCCUGCUACUGAGAAGGACAAGCAGGCAGGAGGAAAAGCGGCUGAGAAAGGUGUGGCUGAGAAGGAGCCGGCCGAUCUUCUGAACAAGAGGAAAUGUCUGGAGAACCUCGCAUCGCUCCGCCACGCCAAAUGGUUUCAGGCUCGGGCCAACGGGCUGCAGUCCUGUGUCAUCAUCAUCCGGGUGCUGAGAGAUUUGUGUCAGCGGGUUCCCACCUGGGGGAAGAUGCCCGGCUGGGCGAUGGAGCUGCUGGUGGAGAAAGUGAUCAGCAGCGCUGCAGGCCCGCUCAGCCCUGGAGAGGCGAUGCGCAGAGUCCUGGAGUGCAUCUCCACAGGCAUCCUGCUGCCAGACGGACCAGGCUUGAUGGACCCCUGUGAGAAAGACACGACGGAUGCUUUGGAAAGCAUGAUGCUUCAAGUCAGAGAGGACAUAACUGCCAGCGCACAGCAUGCUCUGCGGCUGCUUGCUUUCCGUCAGAUCCACAAGGUCCUCGGCAUGGAGUCUCUGCCGGCGUCCAAGGCCAGCGCUCGCAACCGCAAGCGCCGACGGGACGGCAGCGACACGGGUGAAGGGGAAGGGGAGGGCAAGAAGGACAAGAAGGAAGACGCAGAGAGCGCUUGACCUCCGUCUCCAGAAGCGUUUGCUAGUUUAGAGACUGGUAGAAUGUCACAAGUUUCAAUUUUUCUUAUCUUGAAAACAAUCUUAACACGCAGCUAUACACAUAUGAAUAUAACUGACUACAUGUUACAUGUCUGCCCUCGCAGUAAGAGGAGUGAUGUGUCGGGAGGAGAAUCUGUACCGCAAAUCCUUCUGUCGUAAAGUAAAUACCCGCAGAUUUAGUGUCUUUUUAAAGUGCAGAGAAAAACCCUGAACUGAUUGCAUCAUUCCAUUUCAGUGUAAUUGCACACCAACUACUGACCCCCCCCCCCCCCCCCCCCCCCCCCCCCUGUUGAUUCACAGCUGUUAAACCACCAUUGCAACUACAGCGGAGUUGUUUUCUAUGAUAACUCAUCAGCACCUUGGGCUUUAUCAGUCUGACCUCGGAGCGUGACAUUUGUCCACUGUAAUGUGUUUUGUUUCCAGUCUGUUAAUCAUUCGAAGAUGGGGGGGUUGAAGUUUAGAAGCUUUGAAACUGAGAGAAGGACUGACUGCGUUUCGGAUCGACGCAGACGCUGUGACGGUCGUUGUGCCUAAAAUGACACAUUUAGUAAUAAGAUAAGGGACGCUGUUGAGUGAAACUCGCAGGCUCCGUUCAUCAUGCUGCCUCUAAAGUCUCCUGUUUCAACAUUUCCUGAGAUGAGUUGAAAUAGUUGUGAAAUCCAAAUCCCACCUUUAAAACAAAACAAGGCUACACUUAAAUAACUUCCCCUUUAAACUACGUCAUUGAGGUUUGUGCGAGGAAGCGUACAGACAGAAGCUGUGUGUCUGUCACACUGGACGGGGACAAGUCUUAUGUUGCACAGUCUGUAGCAUGCUGAGGGAAUGAAGCACUUAUAGAAAUGACAAUGUUACUGUAUGCAGCCAUAAUUUUAUCAUUUGAAUAAUAUGCCUAGUAAUCUUUUUUCUUCCAGCGUAUGGUAAGCAGAAGAGGGAGAAGCUUUAGACUGAAUAUCUACUGUAAUGAUCAAGUAGUCCUGACUUUCUUCCUUGUGCCUGCAUCAUGUUGUGUAUUACAGAGUGAGGGGAACAUUUAGGACUUGUUUUUUUGUCAUAUUGUAAUGAUAUAAUUUCACAGAGAUGUAGGACGGGGAAGGGACAGUUGCACAACUCUGGCUUAAAAGUUGACGUGAGAGAAUUUAUUGUGCCGUUUUUAGUUUGAGUUUCAUUUAUCAAGAGCAU